GUUCGUUUGCUCUGACAUUUAUCGAAGAUAGUCGAAACGAAACGAAGGUGCGUGAUUGCGAUUUCAUUACAUAAUAACUUCAGGAAAACUACAAAAUGGGACUACAUUUUGGAGAACUCGCUAAAAUCCGUGGUUUGGUCUCUUAUAAAAUAUCCGCCCAUGAACAGCGAGCUUUCGCAGGAGCGGUAUCUAACGGUCUGCCCAACCUAUUCCGCAGAUUCCGCGCGUCUGUAUUUAGGGUAGCACCACCAUUCAUUAUUGGAUAUCUAGUCUAUGAGGGAGUUGAGCGGGAACACCACAGGCUGUCUCGCAAGAACCCUGCUGAUUAUGCCAAUGAUCAAUAAGUACAGUUUCUAUAAAUUAAUUUAUUCAUAAUGUAGAUGUUUAAUGGAUUAAAAUCAUAUUGAAGCUA